GCGGGCUUUAAGGAAAACGGGUGCGAAAGAAAGGCGUUUUCGUUGUCAAUAAUGAGCGAUAAAUGUAGUAGGUUGGUGUUGCACCGUGCAGCUUGUGUAUGAGAUGAUAUUAAUAAAGUGAUAUUUAUGAGCAAUAUGAAGAAUGGAAGAGGACGAUGUGACCAUCAGAGAGCAGAACUUCCACAGCCAAGUCCGGGAAUACAUCAUCUGUUUCCUGCUGUUCGCUGUGCUUUACAUCGUGUCCUACUGCAUCAUCACCCGCUACAAGAGGAAAAGUGAUGACCAUGAAGAUGAAGACGCUGUUGUUAACAGAAUAUCGAUGUACCUGUGUACGUUCACCUUGGCUAUAUCGGCGGGCGCGGUCCUUCUCCUCCCGUUCUCCAUCAUCAGUAACGAGAUCCUCCUCUCCUUCCCUAAAAACUACUACAUCCAGUGGCUCAACGGCUCCCUCAUCCACGGGCUGUGGAACCUGGUCUCGCUCUUCUCCAACCUCUGUCUGUUCGUGCUCAUGCCCUUCGCCUACUUCUUCCUGGAGUCGGAGGGAUUCGCCGGAUCUAAGAAGGGGUUGAAGGCUCGUGUCCUGGAGACGUUCGUGAUGCUGUUCCUCCUGGCCCUGCUCAUCCUGGGUAUCGUGUGGGUCGCCUCGGCCCUCAUCAACAACGACGCCACCAGCAUGGAGUCCCUCUACGACCUGUGGGAGUUCUACCUGCCCUACCUGUACUCCUGCAUCUCCCUGAUGGGCGGCCUGCUGCUUCUCAUGUGUACUCCGGUGGGUCUGUCCCGGAUGUUUACAGUGAUGGGUCAGCUGUUGGUCAAACCCACGAUUUUGGAGGAUCUGGACGAGCGGCUGUUCUGCAUCCAGCUCCAGGAAGAAGCUCUGCGGAACAGACUCAGCGGUUCGGCCUCGAACUCUCAUCUGCACCCAAACUCCCAGAAUCUCUACAACGAGCUGGAGAACGUCCGCGCCCAGAGACACAAACUGGAGAGGAGGAAGAAGGCCUCGAUUUGGGAGAAGAACCUGCUCUACCCCAUCGUCAUGCUAAUCCUGCUCGCCGGCACGGCGCUCUCUGUGUUUCUGGUGGCUCUGAACAUUUUGUACCUGCUGGUGGAUGAAACGGCGCUGCCGAAAGGCUCUUCGGAUCAUGAUAUUGGAAACGCGUCUCUCUCUACGUUCGGGGUGGUCCAGGCCGUGGUGGAAAUCAUCCUCAUGAUUUAUCUGAUGGUCUCCUCUGUGGUUGGAUUCUACAGCCUCCGUAUAUUUCAGGGACUCACACCCAAAAAGGACGACACCACCAUGACCACGAUCAUCGGUUGCUGUGCAUCCAUCCUGGUGCUGAGCUCUGCGCUGCCAGUCAUGUCCCGAACCCUGGGAAUAACCAGGUUCGACCUGCUGGGUGAUUUCGGGCGCUUUAACUGGUUGGGGAACUUCUACAUCGUUCUCUCCUACAACCUGCUGUUCGCCGUGGUGACCACGCUGUGCCUGGUGAGGAAGUUCACCUCGGCCGUCAGAGAGGAGCUGCUCAAAGCGCUCGGUCUGGAUAAAUUAAAUCUUUCCACCAGUCCCACUGAUCCGGAGCCGACUAAUAAAGUAGCAGCUAACGGACACCAGAAGACUCUCUGAAGGCCACGUUCUCUCAUUCUCACCCUGAACCGGUGAGAUGAGGGCGUCCCACGUCCCAUCGUUCUUUACAGCAGGAAGUUCACAAGGACCUCACGCCCCCACCUGAGGACUGGUGAAUAAACGGACGUGUGAGGAGGAGCAGAUUGACCCUGCGGCGCCCCCUGAUGUAAAUGUUGUAUUUAUGUUUGUAUAUAGGAUUUUUUUUGAUGUACAGUCCUGAUUUCUGUGCUGAAAUUCACCUCUGAUGCCUUAGGGGAGGAUUUUAUAUUCACUUACAUUCGUGUGUGUGUGUGGUUCCCGUGCAAAAGUUUGCACACCCCUGAUUAAAACUGGCAUUAAUUAUAAUGAAAAAAAUAAUAAAAUACAUUUUUAGGCACCAAACGCCCCCCCCCCCCGGUCAUCAGCUUAUCAAUGACCAGCAUUUUGUUCUGAAACCACAGGCAUUAUAAUACUGAGAAUUGAACUAACAACCACGUGGAGACCCUGCAGGGUAUAUAAGAGUAGCGUGGUCACCUGGUCACCUUUAUGAAUUUGGUACAGCGUGUCGGGGUGUCUCUUUAGUCCACUCAUGCCACGCCCGUCCAUGGAACGGUGGUCUCUGUACCAGGGAUGUGAAGGAAGGCACAGGGGAAGUGAGCAUGUCUAAAUCUGAUGGUCGGGUGUCCACAAAUUUUGUGGAGCUAAGUAUCAGCACACAGCUAACGUGUGGAUUGGCGGACGAGGUUUUUCCAGAUGAACUCACUGUGAACUCUGAUGCGACCAUCAAAAUAAAUAAAUAACUAAAAUAAAUAAGUUUAAAGUUUUUUAAAUUGUGCGGCGACGCUAAAAUUAAAACUCGAGUCAAAAUAAUUUAUGUGAAACCGGAAUGUACCGUGUGUGUUUAAGGAUUGUUGUAUUAAAACUGAGACGUAGAUAAAUAACGUUGGUUUGUUCGUUCGUUCGUUCGUUGUUUAUUAUUAUAAUUUUUUUACAUUAAUUUUGCACAUGAAAGUUUGCAGCUCUUUAAUGUCACACCAAAAACACAAAUAAAGCUUUUUGAUUUUUAUUUCUAUUUUGUAUUCAUGUCGAUUCUGUGUGGAGCAGAGUUCCACGCGUCUGAGGGACGUUUGUUCGUGACACUGAGGAGAAUUCAUGUUUUUCUGCUUUGCUUUCAUCUCCAGAUUUUUUUAAAUGUUAGAAAUAAAAGCUGUUGAUGAAAACUG